AUGGUUGCUGGUCUGCCGGGCCUGGAGAAACUGGACUCUAGCUAUGGGGCUAGGAGAGAACAAGACCCGGCUUACGGGAUAAAAGCACAGAGGUCUGCUGAUUUCUCACCAGCAUUCUUAUCUACUACCCUUUCUGCUUUGGAUGAAGCCCUGCAUGGUGGUGUGGCUUGUGGAUCCCUCACAGAGAUUACAGGUCCACCAGGUUGUGGAAAAACUCAGUUUUGUAUAAUGAUGAGCAUUUUAGCUACAUUAUCCAUCAAUAUGGGAGGAUUAGAAGGAGCUGUCGUGUACAUUGACACAGAGUCAGCAUUUAGUGCUGAAAGACUGGUUGAGAUAGCAGAAUCCCAUUUUCCCAGAUAUUUUAACACUGAAGAAAAACUACUUUUGACAAGUAGUAAAGUUCAUCUUUAUCGGGAGCUCACCUGUGAUGAAGUUUUACAAAGGAUUGAAUCUUUGGAAGAAGAAAUUAUCUCAAAAGGAAUUAAACUUGUGAUUAUUGACGCUCUUGCUUCUGUGGUCAAUAAGGAGUUUGAUACACAACUUCCAGGCAAUCUCAAAGAAAGAAACAAAUUCUUGGCAAGAGAAGCAUCUUCCUUGAAGUAUUUGACUGAGGAGUUUUCAAUCCCAGCUGUAUAG